UGCGUCUGUUGGUUCUUUGGAAACAAGUUAAAACAGUCUGAAAGGAUACUGCAAGGUAAACUCAAAUUUUCAUUGCCUACAAAUUACAGCCCUUUAAUUUGCUGUAAGAUUCAACAUCGCUGCAACACAAAGAUGUUGUUGCCACAGGCUCUGGUCGCCGCCUCGUUAGCUCUUCACCUCAUUCAGUCAUCUCUUAGUUCAAGCAGUGCGAAAAUUACUCCUUCGCCCACAAUAACAUCAAAUGCAUCACAUUCUACCGUUGGUACGACCUUUCUAACAGUAGUGGACAGUACUACUACCAAACAGGUUAUUGCUGGAGGCAGCUCCUUCCUCUCAGGGGCUGGAGAUGGAAUCACUACCGUAUCAGUAACGGAGUCUGCAGCUUACCCUUUCAAUCAGACUGCCAGUGUGUUUGCUGCUUACGUAAGUUGGUCUUCAUGGAGUGUAGAAGAUACUGGUGAUUGCCAGAAAAAAUGUUGUGACACAGGGGGCCCAGCGAUUCGCCAGAUAAGAAAUUGUACGAUCAUAAUGGAGCGAUGCAAAGGUCUCAACAGAUGCUCACAUUAUGGACCCGUGGAGCGAGAUGUAUCCUGUUACAUAGUCUGCGAUUGCAUGCGCAGUCUCGGGCACUCUUUGGAUGCUCCAGAGAUUAUCAUGAUCAUGUCAAAUAUUCUGGCAGUUAUUUGUGUCAUGAUCACAUCACGCUAAAAAGCCAGAGGAACGAGCACUUUUGAACUGGAGGACAGAACAUCAGUACUAUUAGAGUAGCUUUCGUGUUCUAGUCUUUGCUCCUUUUAUAAAAUUUCAUAUUAUAAAUAUCUGAUCUGAUAAAAACUUUUCUUUUUCGAUACAUCACAUUAUUAAUAAGGAUAACGUAGAGUUAAAACGCUUUAAGCAGGGUAUAAAAGCAGUAGGGUAGAUAAGCCAAAAGAAAGAACUCAAGAGAGUUAAGCUCUGCCACACCUGCGCUCAAACCUCAUCCUCGAGAUCAGAUUUUUAUGGGGUCGUUGGCAGAGUUUUCAAGACUUCUUUUUAAACAACCUAACCUUCGAGAGCGGAUUUUUAUGAAGUCGUUGGCGAGAUUUUCCAGAGUUCUCUUUUUAAAAGACCAUUCAAGCAUUUACAUGUUGAUAAUUCUCACCUAGAAUUAUGAUUUUUUUAAACGUCUUUUGUUGAAGGUUAAUUCUUUUUAAACUCUCCAGCUCAUGUUCAUGUUCUUUUUGGCUUUCUUAAACGGUGGGUGCAUCACUUAUAUGAAUUCCAUAAAUGCCACAUCAAGUUUUCGAAUAUUGAUUCUUUAUUCCUGGUGAAAGACUAUUAUACAACUCUGAGGAAAGGCCAUUAAUUUACUACAAUUUUCAUUAACAACGCAUAUGUUUUUGUUAGUUUGUGUACUUAGAAUUAUGUUAAAAAGGUACAAAUGUACAAUAUCACCCACUUAACUGACGUGUAAAUUAUGAUAGAGGUAUCUAAGAGGUAAAAUAAGCGAAAACUUGAUUUAAAUUCAUCAAUCUGCUUCCAAUAUGUUUUUUUGAGCGUUACAUAUUUCAUGAUGACUAAGUAUUUUUACCAAUAUUUCUUCUGUAAAAGUUAUGUAAUUUUGCUGAUAACCUAAAAAAAUGAAAGACCCAGCUCUAUAACGUCCUCGAGCCACUCUUUUUUCUGCUUUGCAACUGCUUAAAAUCUCUUUCAAAUUUUGCCAAAAGUAAUUCCAGGAUCAAUCCCUUUUAAUCGUCACUCGCUAUUACAAGUGCGAAUCACGAUUGCACGAGGGAGGAGAGAGAAGGGAAGGGAAAGAAAAGGAUAGCACAAAUCGAUUGUAGCUCGCCUCUCUAAAUCAUAAGAAGGAAAAGUGAAAGUGAUGUAUGAUAUGUUUUUUUUUUCCUUUUUCAUGUCGGUUUGACCUGCGUAAUUCAAAGGUUUUUUUCUUCAACUGCCCAGAAAAAUUUUCUUUCGUAAGAUAAGUACGCUGAUGUAUACAAAACAGAGCAUUUUACACUUAUUUGAUCGGUGAACCAUUAAGUUCUGAAUGAAGUAAUAUAUAGUUUCUUUAACAGAAAUUAUGGACCGUGGCUUGAGUUUCAAAGUAGCUUGACGGCGUUAAUUUGUGUCGUAGCCGAACAAGUCGGUUUUCUCGUGCUACCUGCCUGAAGCAGUUGAAACUUGAACGUAAACAGGUUCUAGUUUGAUUAUCAUAAUCUUUAGCUAGACACAAAUCUAAAGUGGUUUUACUUGAUAUAAGAUUUUAAACCUUUACCCAUCCUUAUGGUUAAUUUAUUCCGGCUUCCAGGCAAUACAUUUUCUUGCAUUCUCUUGCAUGAUAUUUAAACUCGACUGAACGAGCACGAGUAUACUCUUAAUUUUUUUUUUCUUCGGACUUAAUUUUCGUUACGUAAAAUGUUAAAAUCUGUAAUGUAGUUAAUAUCAGAAAGAAUCGCAAUGAAACAAGCUUAUGACAAAAUUUUAAUAAUCAUAUCAAAAAAUCCGCUGGAGAUUUGUUUCUUGGAUUUUUUUUGCACCGCCAGAGAGUUAAACAUCCAAAUAUGCAAAUCUAGAGACAAAGAGAUUCCUACACGAAAGUCUCCGUGAACUCAUCAUCCAGCCCUUGAUCAUUUUGGGGAAGCGUUCUGUAACGGCUUGUGUUGGUAAACAAUUUCUCAGUAUCGGGAUAACAUGGUGUCGCUGAUCUUGUAACAUAUGAAAAGAAAAGGAAAGCAAUUAAAUAGGAUGCUCUCAGGUUGUA